UCAGGCGCUCGGUGCUCAACCCAACAACAUAAACAAGAGCAGGCCGCAGCCGGGGCCUGGGGGCAGGGUGAAGAGGAAAUAGAGACUGGGACACGGCAGUGUCCAUGAGCUCAGAAUGAUAGGAUGGAGGGAGGGGGCCUCCCCCAGCUGCCAGACACUGUUCUCCUGGAAGUCUUCCUGAAGUUGGAACAUCAAGAUGUCCUCGCAGCUGGCACCACUUGCAGGCAGUGGUACGGGGUGUCUCGCGACGAAUUUCUCUGGAAGGAUCUCUUUUAUCGUUACUACAAUGUGAAUCGCUCGGUGCCUCGUCACCCAGCUGCAGUUUCAUGGCUGGGUGAAUUUCAGAGACUGUACGACACAAUUCCAUGUGUAGAAGUGGAGACCUUGAAGGAACAUCGUGACCAAGUCUUACAUGUCAGUUUCUCUCACAAUGGCUACUUAUUUGGAUCCUGUUCCAAGGACUGUUUUGUCAAGGUGUGGAGCAAUGAUUUGGAGAUUUCAGUGUUGCACAGUGCCAAUAUGCGCCCCUACAAUUGGAGCUAUACCCAGUUCUCCCAGUUCAAUGCUGAGGAUACCCUCCUCCUUGUCUCUGGAGUCUACAUUGGGCCACACAGCUCAUCGUCUGGUGAAAUCGCGGUCUUCAGUCUAGAUGACUUCACCUUGCUGUCCAGAGUGAGGAAUAAACCCUAUGAUGUCUUUGGUUGUUGGUUAAAUGAAACACAUCUGAUCUCUGGGAAUCUACACUGGAUUGGGAAUAUGACGUCCUGCUCAGUGUUGUGGUUAAACAAGGCCUACCAAGAUAUCGAAUCAGAGAAUAUAAACGUGGUGAAGAGGCUGUUUCAGCUACAGAAUCUGAACGCCAGCACCAUUCGCACAGUCAUGGUGGCAGACUGCAGUCGUCACAACACUCCCGACCUGCUGCUGGGCUCCGAGCAGCAGCCGAGUGACUCCAGCCCCCGAGUGUUUGACCUGGGCAGUGACAACGAGGACGAGGUGUGCACCAGAGCAAAGCACAGGGAUGAGAGCCCAGGAGAGGUCAUGGUCAGCAGCCAGGAUGGCGAACAGAGAGACGGGAAUGUAUUCUCCGAUGGGGAGCAGCCCCUGAUGGACGAAAAACAAAUUGAAGCAAGGGUGGCAGAACUUUUCCUACAGGCCAAAACGAAGCCAGCUGACACGAGUCUCCUGUUGGAACAGCAGACAAAUUCAGACAAAAAGUACUUGAUCUUCACCACAGGAAGCCUUACAUAUACUCCCCAUCAAAUAGGUAUUAAACAAAUUUUGCCUCAACAUAUGACGACAUCAGGACCUGUGUUAGGAGAAGAACGAAGCUCCAGCGAGUUCUUUGAUGCAUUGGACUACACGAUUGAUGUCCACGGUCACAUCAUAGGCAUGGGUCUGUCUCCAGAUCACAGGUAUUUAUACGUGAACAGUCGAGCCUGGCCCAAAAACUGUAUCAUCAGUGAUCCGAUGAACCCUCCACCCAUUGCCGAGGAGAUUGAUAUCCACGUGUUUGACUUGAAGACGAUGCGGGAAGUCACUCAAACUCUGAGGGCACACACCGCCUACACCCCCAAUGACGAGUGCUUCUUCAUCUUCCUGGAUGUCAGCAGAGAUUACGUUGCCAGUGGUGCUGAGGACCGACAUGGCUACAUCUGGGACCGACACUACAACAUCUGCUUGGCCAAACUGCAGCACGAUGAUGUGGUGAACUCUGUUGCCUUCAGUCCCGUGGACCAGGAGAUGUUGAUCACAGCCAGUGACGACUGCACCUUGAAGGUUUGGCGCUCACCCCGCGUCCUCCGCAUUGUCAGCAGCAAACCCAAUCGCAAGAAACUCUCUUUCUUCUGGCUGAGUAAGAAAUGACUUUGGCAGUUCUCAACUGGUUGUGUACCAGCUCAGUAUUGGAAUUCCUGCCUUCAGGAAGUGGGCAAGUGGAGGGGAGAAUGUUCAAUCGUGUGUUUAUCUGACUGUGAGUAUCCUCCUUGUCCCUCUAGUUGUUGGGUGUUUGCUCACACGUUUGGGUGAUAUGACCCAGGCUACAGCUGAACCACCUCCAGUUCCUUAUUUGGUGAGUUGGCUCAGCCUCACAGAAUUGUGCCACCAAUUCAGUGAGUAACCAUCAGCUGCCAAACCCUCAACCAACACUGAGCUAAAUGUUCACCUCAUGCACUAUCACAGACAACACAACCACCCUGAUUUCUUGGGCUGGGGCUUCUUCCUUAGGGCUACAAUUCUGCUUUUAAAAUUGAUUUUGCCUUGUUGUAAUUCUAAUGUAAAACAUAAAAGAAAAAUCUUUAUAUUCUAUAUCCCUGAACAGAUUCAGGAAGACAUUUUCUCACGUGGUUUAAAGUUGCUGUGACAACGUCAAAGCUAUGGGCUGGUUACUGAACCAGGUCUGUUUAUUUGACUGAGAGACAGACCUGUCUGCCCAACCCCAGUUUCCACCUUGGAGAAUUUGUUAAUGUAGACAGUGAGAGUUUGCAUGUGUUGUCCCUCAUGUCUAAAGAAGCUUAUAGCACCAGAAUGAUUGUGGUACCAACUAAGCAAGUUAAUGAUCAAACCAGAGCAAAGCAGCAAAAUCAUUGCCCUCAAUCUAACUGAGCUCACAUCCAACACUUCAAGACUUUUGGCAAUUUGAGAAUCUACAUUGUUUAAUGAAACUUUAAUUUCAGUAGGUGCUCCCCUGAGACUUGUGGCUGUUCAUUCAUUUAGUUUGUUCAACAUUAACAUUGAUGAAUAUUGGAUCUUGAAAAAUAAACCUAAGAAUAGCGUGGUAGUGAGUCAAGGCCAAGCCAAGGAGUAUCAUGGGGCUGAGUAGUCUACUCCUUUCUCUAAUAGCAAUCUAACAGCUUCACAGUCACUUCUAACAACAUUAAAAAUAACAGCUGGGACGGAAAUAUGUCAUCCUUGUCCAGUCUGGCCUACGUGUGACUAGUCCCACAGCAUCCUGCUUCAAUGUCAGCUGUUCAUCCCUCAGCUGUGAUCUGUCUAGCAACAAGUCAAAUAUAAUUAACCAGGAUAGCCAAUCCCAGACACACUGAUCCUCAGAAUAAACUUCAAGGACCUCACUACAGUAAAUUCUGAACAAAAACUAAAAUUAAAACCAGUAAAAGUUGACGAACUGAUUACAAAUCAUUCCCACUUACCUGGAGAAGGUGACUGCUAAUGUAAAUGACAGCAACACUUACACCUAUGUCACUGGAUUAACACCACACUAAACAUUUUUAAGAAGUUAGCUAGUGCUCCUGGAGUGAUGAAAGGGAACAGGAAGCCUGGGCAAUUUCCGUUCAUAGACUGAACCUCAUCCGUUGGUCUGUUAAGCAAAUGGAAGAUGUUCAGCUGAAAUAGCAGAAGUUACUAUUACUCCUUUUUAAUCACUCUGCCAUUUAAGUUGAAAUAGCACAUUCUCUUAGAGUGCACCAAUGUUUCCCAAGCACAGACAAUACCUGAUCAGACAAAAAUUAUGAGCAAUUACACUUCUCGCUGCCAUGAAUGAAGUGAGAAAUUCCAGUUUAACUUCCUGUUACCUUAAGGAGCUCCUGAAAAUUCUUAGCAACUGUUGUUCUCGUCUAUAUUUUAAACUCCAGCCACCAACCCAAAAAAGUCAUUGACCCAGGUUCUUAGUCCCAGCCAUGCAUUGCAUGUAGCACAAUGUUCUGUAUGAAGUGAAAAAUAAAUACU